CAUCUAGCGGUGAAAAGUAGAAACUAAUGAACUAGGUGUUUCAAAUACGUGUAGUUCACCCUGUUUGCCGGAGAGAUGGCGCUAGUUGUAUAAUUUUUAAAUGAAAUUGGUUAAUAUUGAAUUUUCGGCUUAUUAGACGAUAAUAAACGUCAAAUUGCAUUAGAAAAUGAUAUUAAUUAACUCUGGAAUGUUUUAAAAUCCAGGUGGUCAGAUUUGCUCUGGAGCACACAUAAGUAGACAAGUUAUACAAGUAGCAGAAAAAGACAUAAAUCAGGAAUGAUCACAUUUGAAAAUUUUGGAAUUUGGGGAUUUAGAGAUACUAAAAUUUAGUUAAUGCUAUUAUAGUUAAUGUUGUUAUAAACAUUUAUAUUGUCAUUAUGGCUCAUUCAAAGAAUAGCAGCUGGCUAAUGCCAUCAUUUGAAUGUGACUCUGUCAGAAAGUCACCAGUAACUAAACGUACUUCUUCUCAAGCAUUUGAGAGUACUAUGUCAGAAAUUCCAAGUAUCCAUGAUAUAGUACCUAAGAAGAAAAAUACAAGUAGUCUGUCUGCUUUAUUGGAAGCUUGUGAACCAAGACAGGCCACUGAAUUGGUUGUAAGUAAGCGGAAACAACAAGAAAUUCUAGAUUGGUUACACUUCAAAGUAAGGAGAGACAAACCUUAUGCAAUGGUUUUGAGUGGUCCAUCCGGUUGUGGUAAAACUGCAACAAUCAAAGUUCUUGCCAAAGAAAAUGGUUUUAGUGUUACAGAAUGGAUUACUCCUAUUGAUCAAGUGAUGGAUGAAAAUUAUAGAGUAAUGAGACAAGCUGAUAGAUUUGAGGAAUUUUUAAUUAGAGCCACAAGAUAUAAAUCAGUUUUAAAUAAUAAUUCUAGACGUUUACUUCUAGUUAAAGAUUUUCCAAAUGUUUUCUAUGAAGACAGCCUUAGCUUCUUAUCCCUUCUAGAGAGAUAUUUUGAAUAUGGAAAAGAGCCUAUAGUAUUUGUUUGUACAGAAGUGGGAAAUUCGAAAUUAUUGCAAUCAUUAUUUCCACCUAAUGUAAGGGAGAAGUUUGGAAUUGACUUAAUCAAUAUAAAUCCUGUUACACAAGCUGCAAUGAAAAAUGCAUUAAAAAGAGCAUCCAAUAUUUUGAACUCAAUUGCUAAACAUAUGUUAUCCGUUACCCAAAAUAAAAUUGACGAAAUAUUAUCUAAUAGCAUAGGAGAUAUUAGAAAUGCACUUUUAAACUUGAUUUUUAUUUCAUUAAGAGUACCUGAAGAAAACGAAAAUAGUUGUAAUAGCAGAGAAGUAAAUUUAGGACUUCUUCAUGGCAUAGGACAAGUAAUUAAUGCCAAAAGGAUACAAGAAGAAAAUCGAUGGAAGUUUGUUCACGAUCCUGAUGAAAUAGCAGCUUUCUUUCAAUCACAAGCCACAGUAUUCUUAAAUUUUCUUCAAGAAAAUUAUUUAAACACUAUGAGAGGCAUAGAGGAAGUAAAUGCGUGUGCAAAUACCUUAAGUUUAGCAGAUGCUUUAAAUUCUGAAUGGCGGGAUCCUAAUUUAACUAAAGUUGUUUUGUCCUUCGCGGUUCGCGGUGUGAUGGUGCCUAAUGAAAAGCCUGUUUCUGGAUGGAAUCCUGUUAGAAAGCCACCAAAUGACCGAGCUGAUAAGCAGAGAUGUCUCGCAGCAGCCGAGGUUCGAUGGUACGAGUCUAUAAUUAACGCAAAAUCAAAAAAUAAAACGGAAGAACCAAAUUUCGAUAUCGAAUCCAUCAUUGAGUAAUAUUAGAACGGUACAAGGU